GAAAAAGGUGGGUUAACUAACGAAAGAAAGAUGGAACCAGAUGCAUGUGCUUCCUGCCCGGGACGAGGAAGAAAGAAAAUUCACCGGGUGGUAAGCCACAUACCUCUAUAUUCCACCUAUGAAACAGUUAAGGAAUUACUAAAUAUGGGGCUUUAGAUGUACAUUCAAUCAUAAACAUAAAAAAGAGGAUUUGAUUGAGUAUCGAGGAAUCAAAGAAUUUAAGCCAAAAUACCCUUGAAGAAGUCUUCCUUUUUAGUCAUUGAUAUGAGAUACAUUCCCCAGAUCAGGUAGGAUGAACCAUACUAACAGAAGUUGAAUGAAGUGAUCCUCUUUCUACCCGGCACAAACCUGUCACACAAUCAUCCGUAAAAAGAAUGCACUCCUGGCAAAGAUCGAGCGCCUGGAGGUGCAAACAGGCAGUAAUGAUGAUAAUGCAGCUCUUAGACAAGCUCGAGAUGAGCUGGAAGAUAUCCUAGUUCAGGAAGAGAGAAAUGUUCACUUUUCCCUUCGUUUGAUGAAUUCUACUUAUCGUACCACCAUGGGUAAUAGCACCUCGGAUGGAGCCGCCGAUAUCUCUGAAUUUUAUGGUGUAACCUUCUUUUUCUUAGCUUAUUGUAAAUUUUUUACCACAAAAACCCACGGGUAACCAUGAACCCGCGGAUACCCAGCGGGUUGGGUUGGGUUUGAGUUUUUCAAACCCAACGAGUUUUACCCCGGGUUUUUUUGACGGAUAAACCCAUGGGUUUGGGUUUGGGUUUGACAAAACCCGCCCCAACCCGACCCAUUGCCAUCCCUAACCAUGACAGAUUUAGGGCGAUUUUUUUGAAAUGCCAUUUUCUUCCGAUUCUGGAGGCUACAGAUCACGGAAUCAGGUUGAAGCUAUUCUCCACCAAUAAUCAAGUAUAUUGAUCCUAUUCUCCACGGAUGAUAAGUCCAUUAAGCACCGAUUUGGGCCAAUUUAUUUUUGGAUGGCAUUUUCGUAAUUUUUUGGGCGGUGAAAUGUCAUUUUCUUUGGAUUUGGUGGGCCACAGAUCACGGAUUCGACCUGAAGCUAUUCUUCAACGAUGAUUAUGUCCAUUAUGCGCCGAUUUGGGAGGAUUAUUUCCGGGUCAAUUUUUGGCAGAUUCCAAAGGGAUACCAUCACAGAUUUACGGCGAUUUUUCCGAAAUGCCAUUUUCUUUCGAUUCUGGAGGUUGCAGAUCACGGAAUAAGGCCGAGGCUAUUCUCCACCGAUAAUCAAGUAUAUUGAUCCUAUUCUCUACGGAAGAUAAUUCCAUUAACCACCAAUUUGGAGCACUUUGUUUUCGUAUGGAUUUUUCGUAAUUUUUUGGGCGAGGAAAGGCCAUCUUCUUUUGAUUUUUAAGGCUACAGAUCACUGAUUCGGCCUGAGGCUAUUCUUCAACGAUGAUUAAGUCCAUUAAGCGCCAAUUUGGACGAUUUAUUCCGGGUCAAUUCUUGGUAGACUCCAAAGGGGUACCAUCACAGAUUUCGGGCGAUUUUUGCGAAAUGUCAUUUUCUUUCAAUUUUGGAGGCUGCAGAUCACGGAAUUACGUCGAGUCUAUUCUCCACCAAUAAUGAAGUCUAUUGAUCCUAUUCUCCAUGGAUGAUAAGUCCAUUAAGCACCGAUUUGGGCCAAUUUAUUUUCGUGUAGAAUUUUAGUAAUUUUUUGGGCGACGAAAGACUAUUUUCUUUCGAUUUGAAGGCUGCAGAUCACGGAUUCGGCCUGAAGCUAUUCUUCAACGAUGAUUAAGUCCAUUAAGCACCGAUUUGGGCGGAUUUAUUCCGGGUCAAUUUUUGGCAGAUUCCAAAAGGGUACCAUCACAGAUUUCGGGCGAUUUUUCCGAAAUGUCAUUUUCUUUCGAUUUUGGAAGCUGCAGAUCAUUGAAUUAGGCCGAGUCUAUUCUCCACCGAUAAUGAAGUCUAUUGAUCCUAUUCUCCACGGAUGAUAAGUCCAUUAAGCACCAAUUUGGGCCAAUUUAUUUUCCGAUGGCAUUUUCGUAAUUUUUUGUGCGACAAAAUGACAUUUUCUUUGGAUUUGGUGGGCUAUAGAUCACGGGUUCGGACUGAAGCUAUUCUUCAAGGAUGAUUAUGUCCAUUAAGCGCCGAUUUGGAAGGAUUUAUUCCGGGUCAAUUUUUGGCAGAUUCCAAUGGGGUACCAUGACAGAUUUAGGGCGAUUUUUCUGAAAUGCCAUUUUCUUCCGAUUCUGGAGGCUGCAGAUCACGGAAUCAGGUUGAAUCUAUUCUCCACCGAUAAUCAAGUAUAUUGAUCCUAUUCUCCAUGGAAGAUAAGUCCAUUAACCACCGAUUUGGGGCACUUUAUUUUGGGAUGGAAUUUUCGUGAUUUUUUGGGCGACAAAAGGUCAUAUUCUUUUGAUUUUUAAGGCUACAGAUCACGGAUUCGGCCUGAGUCUAUUCUUCAACGAUGAUUAAGUCCAUUAAGCGCCGAUGUCGACGGAUUUAUUCCGGGUCAAUUUUUGGCAGACUCCAAAGGGGUACCAUCACAGAUUUACGGCAAUUUUUCCGAAAUGCCAUUUUCUUUCGAUUCUGGAGGCUACAGAUCACGGAAUCAGGCCGAGGCUAUUCUCCACCGAUAAUGAAGUAUAUUGAUCCUAUUCUUCACGGAUGAUAAGUCCAUUAAGCACCGAUUUGGGAAAAUUUAUUUUUGGAUGGAAUUUUCGUAAUUUUUUGGGCGACGAAAGGCCAUUUUCAUUCGAUUAUGAAUGCUACAGAUAACGGAUUCGGCCUAAGGCUAUUCUUCAACUAUUAUUAAGUCCAUUAAGCGCCGAUUCGGACCGAGGUUAUUCUCCAUCGAUAAUGAAUUCUAUUGUUCCUAUUCUCCACGGAUGAUAUGUCCAUUAAGCACCGAUUAGGAUAAAUUUAUUUUCGUAUGGCAUUUUCGUAAUUUUGUGAAUGCCGAAAGGCCAUUUUCUUUAGAUUUUGAGGACUACAGAUCACGGAUUCGGCCUGAGAAAAUUUUUCAACGAUGAUUAAGUCCAUUAAGCAGCGAUUCUAGCGGAUUUAUUCCGGGUCAAUUUUUGGCAGAUUGCAAAGGGAUACCAUUACAGUUUUUGGGCGAUUUUUCCGAAUUGCCAUUUUCUUUCGAUUCAGGAUGCAACAGAUCACGGAAUCAUGCCGAUGCUAUUCUCCACCGAUAAUGAAGUCUACUAAUCAUAUUCUCCAUGGAUAGUAAGUCCAUUAAGCAUCGAUUUGGGCCAAUUUAUUUUUGGAUGGCAUUUUCGUAAUUUUGUGGGAGUCGAAAUGCCAUUUUCUUUUGAUUUUGAAGGACACAUAUCACGCAUUCGUCCUGAGGCUAUUCUUCAACGGUGAUUAAGUCCAUUAAGCACAUAUUUUGGCGGAUUUAUUCCGGGUAAAUUUUUGCUGAUUCCAAAAGGGGUACAGUAACGAUUUGGGUCUAUUUUUCUGAAAUAUUAUUUUCUUUUAAUUCUGAAGGCUAAAGUUCACAGAAUCAGGCGCUAUUCUCCAUCAAUAAUUACGUCUAUUGAUCCUAUUAUCCAAGGAUGAUAACUCCAUUCAGCACCGGUUUGGGCCAAUUUAUUUUUGGAUGGUAUUUUCGUAAUUUUUUGUUCGACGAAAUGCCAUUUUCUUUGGAUUUGAAGGCUACAUAUCACGGAUUUGGCUUGAUGCUAUUCUCCAACGAUGAUUAAGUCCAUUAAGCACCGAUUUUGGCGGAUUUAUUCCGGGUCAAUUUUUGGUAAAUUCCAAAGGGGUACCAUCACAUAUUCGGAGCGAUUUUUCUGAAAUUCUAUUUUCUUUCGAUUCUUGAGGCUACAGAUCACUGUCUUAGGACGAGUCUGUUCUCCACCGAUAAUGAAGUCUAUUGAUUCUA